UUAACAACCCUACGUGGGGCGAUCCUGGAGGAUGCGGUCCCCUCCACAGCAAGACAUGGUGCAGCCCGAGGCCUACCUCUGAAAGAGGUUCUGGAAUAUGUGAUGCCUGAACUCAACAUCCAGUGUCUCCGUCUGGCCCUCAACUCUCCCAAGGUCCCCGAGCUGCUCCUCAAAUUGGACGAACAGGGGGUGAGUACUAGGGUUAGGGGAUAGAGAGAGACAGUGUACUGUAGGGUUGGGCUACAUGGAGACAGGGCUGGGGUAUAGGGCAGUGUCUGAGGCUGGCCCUCAACUCCCCCAAGGUCCCCGAGCUGCUCCAACUGGACGAACAGGGUGAGUAGAGUAGCACAAGGUUAAGACAUUUGUUCUCUAGUGUUGUGUGUUGUAGUGCAGGUUGUGAGUUGGAGCCCCGCUGGAUCAGAACAUAAUGAUACAGAUGGAGACCUUGUCUAGGUUUAUAUAUGUUAUUGAAGUUCAUUGGCUUUUUGCCUGCUUUUCCACAUUUGUAUUUUUUGAUAGAAACCCUUUGGUAAGAAGCUGACUCCAUUUCUCCUAGCAGGAAGAAUCCAAUAGGGAAACUGUCUGAUAAAUAAAGCUCUACUACCUGUCAUGUUGUCAGUCGAUGUCACACUGCAGCUGGAUCAAUAUCCACCCAGACACACUACUAAUAUCACAUCGAUCUCUCUGACACGCUCUCUGCUGAGAGAAGACUCAGUCUACAGCCACUGGACUGUAAUGCACUAUAAGGAUUAGGUUGCCAUUGGAGAUUCAGACUCAGUCUACAGCCACUGGACUGUAAUGCACUAUAAGGAUUAGGUUGCCAUUGGAGAUUCAGACUCAGUCUACAGCCACUGGACUGUAAUGCACUAUAAGGAUUAGGUUGCCAUGGGAGAUUCAGACUCAGUCUACAGCCACUGGACUGUAAUGCACUAUAAGGAUUAGGUUGCCAUGGGAGAUUCAGACUCAGUCUACAGCCACUGGACUGUAAUGCACUAUAAGGAUCAGGUUGCCAUGGGAGAUUCAGACUCAGUCUACAGCCACUGGACUGUAAUGCACUAUAAGGAUUAGGUUGCCAUGGGAGAUUCAGACUCAGUCUACAGCCACUGGACUGUAAUGCACUAUAAGGAUCAGGUUGCCAUGGGAGAUUCAGACUCAGUCUACAGCCACUGGACUGUAAUGCACUAUAAGGAUCAGGUUGCCAUGGGAGAUUCAGACUCAGUCUACAGCCACUGGACUGUAAUGCACUAUAAGGAUUAGGUUGCCAUGGGAGAUUCAGACUCAGACCACAUGGAGUAAUGUAGGAAUAUUCAUCUGACAAUUUAUUGAAUCCCAGGCGUUUGGUUAUUCUGUAUUCUGAAUCCCAGGCGUUUGGUUAUUCUGUAUUCUGAAUCCCAGGCGUUUGGUUAUUCUGUAUUCUGAAUCCCAGGCAUUUGGUUAUUCUGUAUUCUGAAUCCCAGGCGUUUGGUUAUUCUGUAUUCUGAAUCCCAGGCGUUUGGUUAUUCUGUAUUCUGAUCCGCGUUUGGUUCUGUAUUCUGAAUCCCAGGCGUUUGGUUAUUCUGUAUUCUGAAUCCCAGGCGUUUGGUUAUUCUGUAUUCUGAAUCCCAGGCGUUUGGUUAUUCUGUAUUCUGAAUCCCAGGCGUUUGGUUAUUCUGUAUUCUGAUUCCCAGGCGUUUGGUUAUUCUGUAUUCUGAAUCCCAGGCGUUUGGUUAUUCUGUAUUCUGAAUCCCAGGCGUUUGGUUAUUCUGUAUUCUGCUUAGAUGGUACAAGAUGCCAUGUUGUGUUAUCUGUUUAAAUGAGAUGCUGUCUCUUACCUAUCCAGCUCUUACUCUGAUUUGAUUAUGAUACUGCUAUCUCUUACCUGUCCACCUCUGGGUCUGGGUCAGCUGCUAUCUCUUACCUGUCCACCUCUGGGUCUGGGUCAGCUGCUAUCUCUUACCUGUCCACCUCUGGGUCUGGGUCAGCUGCUAUCUCUUACCUAUCCACCUCUGGGUCUGGGUCAGCUGCUAUCUCUUACUUGUCCACCUCUGGGUCUGGGUCAGCUGCUAUCUCUUACCUGUCCACCUCUGGGUCUGGGUCAGCUGCUAUCUCUUACCUGUCCACCUCUGGGUCUGGGCCAGCUGCUAUCUCUUACCUGUCCACCUCUGGGUCUGGGUCAGCUGCUAUCUCUUACCUGUCCACCUCUGGGUCUGGGUCAGCUGCUAUCUCUUACCUAUCCACCUCUGGGUCUGGGUCAGCUGCUAUCUCUUACCUGUCCACCUCUGGGUCUGGGUCAGCUGCUAUCUCUUACCUAUCCACCUCUGGGUCUGGGCCAGCUGCUAUCUCUUACCUGUCCACCUCUGGGUCUGGGUCAGCUGCUAUCUCUUACCUGUCCACCUCUGGGUCUGGGUCAGCUGCUAUCUCUUACCUGUCCACCCCUGGGUCUGGGCCACUGAAGCAGCCUGGGAUUCUACUGCCUGAGAGGGUACAGUCUUCCCUUUGACAUUCUUGAGGAAUAUCCAAUCUAUCAUCAAGCAGCUCUGUUUCUUCAUCAGACAGUGCAGUCAUCAGUGAGAGCAGCUCCUUGGUCUCCUCAUCCUGAGGGAAAGGAACACUGAACACACACCCUUCCCUUUGUCCUACACAGGAUUCAUAACAAGGCAGUCAUAGCCUCCUGAAGGGGUGCACUGACCUCAUCAGCAGAUAGGUGAAAGCAUUAUGGUAUUUGUUUUCACCCGUCCAAUUUCAUUCAGAUCAGUAUGAGCAGAGAACAGAAAACAGUGACAGUGAGCCAUUUCAGACUUUUGAGAUUCACCCAUAACCUUGGGUUCAGACUAUUGAGAUUCACCCAAAACCUUGGGUUCAGACUAUUGAGAUUCACCCAUAAACUUGGAUUCAGAUUAUUGAGAUUCACUCAUAAACUUGGGUUCAGACUAUUGAGAUUCACCCAUAACCUUGGGUUCAGACUAUUGAGAUUCACCCAUAACCUUGGGUUCAGACUAUUGAGAUUCACCCAUAACCUUGGGUUCAGACUAUUGAGAUUCACCCAUAACCUUGGGUUCAGACUAUUGAGAUUCACCCAUAACCUUGUGUACUGUACCUCCAGCGUGGCUCUGUUGAUGUUCAUGCAGGAGCUGGGACACUCCCCCACCACCAUGCCCAUGCACUACGCUACUGUCUAGGUGGCUAUGCAUCCCUCCCGGAAUGUCCUGCAGCAGCUCUGACAGGGGGAAGUAUAUCAGGGCCUCCCAGAAUGUCCUGCAGCAGCUCUGACAGGGGGAAGUAUAUCAGGGCCUCCCAGAAUGUGCUGCAGCAGCUCUGACAGGGGGAAGUAUAUCAGGGCCUCCCAGAAUGUCCUGCAGCAGCUCUGACAGGGGGAAGUAUAUCAGGGCCUCCCGGAAUGUCCUGCAGCAACUCUGACAGGGGGAAGUAUAUCAGGGCCUCCCGGAAUGUCCUGCAGCAGCUCUGACAGGGGGAAGUAUAUCAGGGUUGUGAUCAUUAGGCACCAAACAGAAGAAAACGCACUUCAACAAGGCAAGACUACAAAUAAAAUAAAAUUGUCCACAAUAAAAUUUUAUUUGUCACAUACACGUGUUUAGCAGAUGUUAUAGCGGGUGUAGCGAAAUGCUUGUGCUUCUAGCUCCAACAGUGCAGUAAUAUCUAACAAGUAAUAUCUAACAAUUUCACAACAUAUACCCAAUACACACAAAUCUAAGUAAGGAAUGGAAUUUAAGAAUAUAUUCAUAUAUGGACAAGCAAUGACAGAGCGGCAUGGACUAAGAUACAGUAGAAUAUUAUAGAAUACAGUAUAUACAUAUGAGAUGAGUAAUGCAAGAUAUGUAAACAUUAUUAAAGUGACUAGUGUUCCAUUUCUUAAAGUGGCCAGUGAUUUCAAUAGGCAGCAGCAGCCUCUAAUGUGCUAGUGAUGGCUAUUUAACAGUCUGAUGGCCAUGAGAUAGAAGCUGUUUUUCAUUCUCUCGGUCCCAGCUUUGAUGCACCUGUACUGACCUCGCCUUCUGGAUGGUAGCGGGGUGAACAGGCAGUGGCUCGGGUGGUUGAUGUCCUUGAUUAUCUUUUUGGCCUUCCUGUGACAUCGGGUGCUGUAGGUGUCCUGGAGGGCAGGUAGUUUGCCCCCGGAAAUACGUUCAGCAGACCGCACCACCCUCUGGAGCGUCCUGCGAUUGCGGGCGGUGCAGUUGCCAUACCAGGCGGUGAUACAGCCCGACAGGAUGCUCUCAAUUGUGCAUUUGUAAAAGUUUGUGAGGGUUUUAGGUGCCAAGCCAAAUUUCUUCAGCCUCCCGAGGUUGAGGAGGCUCUGUUGCGCCUUCUUCACCACACUGUCUGCGUGGGUGGACCAUUUCAGUUUGUCAGUGAUGUGUACGCCAUGGAACUUGAAGCUUUCCACCUUCUCCACUGCGGUCCCGUCGAUGUGGAUUGGGGGGUGCACCAUCCGCUGUUUCCUGAAGUCCACGAUCAUCUCCUUUGUUUUGUUGACGUUGAGUGAGAGGUUAUUUUCCUGGCACCACGCUCCCAGAGCCCUCACCUCCUCCCUAUAGGCGGUAAACAAGCCAAUUACUGUUGUGUCGUCUGCAAACUUGAUGAUUGAGUUGGAGGCGUGCUUGUCCACUCAGUCAUGGGUGAACAGGGAGUACAGAAGGGGGCUGAGCAAGCACCCUUGUGGGGCCCCAGUGUUGAGGAUCAGUGAAGUGGAGGUGUUGUUUCCUACCUUCACCACCUGGGGGCGGCCCGUCAGGAAGUCCAGGACCCAGUUGCACAGGGUGGGGUUCAGACCCAGGGCCUCGAGCUUAAUGAUGAGCUUGGAGGGUACUAUGGUGUUGAAUGCUGAGCUAUAGUCAAUGAACAGCAUUCUUACAUAGGUAUUCCUCUUGUCCAGAUGGGAUAGGACAGUGUGCAGUGUGAUGGCGAUUGCAUCGUCUGUGGAUCUAUUGGGGUGGUAAGCAAAUUGAAGUGGGUCUAGGGUGACAGGUAAGGUAGAGGUGAUAUGAUCCUUGACAUGUCUCUCAAAGCACUUCAUGAUGACAGAGGUGAGUGCUACGGGGCGAUAGUCAUUUAGUUCAGUUACCUUUGCUUUCUUGGGGACAGGAACAAAGAGCUAGCCGCGAGGCCGCCAUCUUCGUCGGCACCAGGAGUCCCAUAAUAAAACAUUCAUUGUAAUUUUCAGUGGAAAAUUUUUCCAUUUCUCAAAUGAACACAACCCAGAGGCUGACAGGUCACAGGUCACAGGUCACAGGUCAGAAAGUAGUGUGAACAGCUCUGAUGGUGUGUUGUGGUGUUACCUGAGGGUAGUCAUGUCGUCCAAAACGUUAUGGUUGUGGUGUUACCUGAGGGUAGCCAUGUCGUCCAAAAAGUUAUACUUUUGAAUCAUCUGUCCAUAGAACGUUCUUCCAAGAGUCUUGAUGAUCAUCCAGGUGCUUUUUGGCAAACUUGAGUCAACUUUUUGGACGAGAUGGGUCCCAUUAUGCCUGGCGUAAACCAAACACUGCAUUCCACAGUAAGAACAUCAUACCAAAGGUCAAGCACGGUGGUGGUGGGAAUGUGAUGGUUUGGGGAUGCUUUGCUGCCUCAGGACCUGGACAACUUGCCUUAAUAGAAGGAACCAUGAAUUCUGCUCUGUAUCAGAGAAUUCUACAGGAGAAUGUCAGACCAUCCGUCUGUGAGCUGAAGCUGAAGAGCAGCUGGGUCAUGCAGCAAGACAAUGAUCCGAAACACACAAUCAAGUCUACAUGAAAAUAGUUAAAAAGCAACACAUUUGAAGUUUUGGAAUGGCCUAGUCAAAGUCCAGACCUAAUUCCAAUUGGGAUGUUGUAAUGAGCAGUUGAAAACCCACAAAUGUUGCUGAGUUAAAGCAGUUCCGCAUGCAAGAGCAGAUAAAGAUUCCUCCACAGCGACGUGAGACUGAUCAACAACUACAGGAAGCGUUUGGUUGCAGUCAUUUCAGCUAAAGAUGGCACAACCAGUUAUUGAGUGUAAGGGGGCAAUUACUUUUUCACACAGGGGAAAUGGGUGUUGCAUAACUUAGUUAAUUAAAUAAAUAAAAUAAUUAUCCAUCUGAUAACAUUCAGUAUCAAAAAUAUGCAAAAAUAGAGAAAAUCAGAAAGGGGGGCAAAUAGUUUUUCACAUCACUUUACUACAUGUUGAUGUAUAUGUUGUUUAUUUGUUCCAGCUGAGUUUCCAGCACAAGGUGGGGGUGCUGUACUGUAAGGUAGGCCAGAGCACAGAGGAAGAGAUGUACAACAACCAAUCAGCUGGUCCCGCCCUCGAUGAGUUCCUCGACCUAUUGGGACAGAGAGUGAGACUGAAGGGAUUCACCAAGUACAGAGCACAGCUCGACAACAAGAGUAAGACGAUGCACACACCAAUCCCCUACCGAGUAAGACGAUGCACACACCAAUCCCCUACCGAGUAAGACGAUGCACACACCAAUCCCCUACCGAGUAAGACGAUGCACACACCAAUCCCCUACCGAGUAAGACGAUGCACACACCAAUCCCCUGCCGAGUAAGACGAUGCACACGCCAAUCCCCUACCGAGUAAGACGAUGCACACACCAAUCCCCUACCGAGUAAGACGAUGCACACACCAAUCCCCUACCGCGGGCAUCUGUAGUACUGUAAAUAAUGUAUGCCUACGUUCCAAAUGGCACCCUAUUCAACACAGGGCUCUGGUCAAAAGGCAUGCACUAUGUAGGAAAGAGGGUGUCAUUUGGAAGGCACACUGGGUAUUAUAACAAGACAUUGUUUAUCUUAAUAUGAAUGUUCUGUAUGCCUCUUGUCUUGUUGUUCUACACUAAUAUUGUUUGUUUACCAUUACGGUUUGUUUACCAUUACGGUUUGUUUACCAUUAUGGCUUGUUUACCAUUACGGUUUGUUUACCAUUAUGGCUUGUUUACCAUUACGGUUUGUUUACCAUUAUGGCUUGUUUACCAUUACGGUUUGUUUACCAUUAUGGCUUGUUUACCUUUACGUUUUGUUUACCAUUACGGCUUGUUUACCAUUACAUUUGUUGACUAUUAUGGUUUGUUUACCAUUACAAUGUGUUUACAAUUACGGUUUGUUUACCAUUAUUGUUUGUUUACCAUUACGGUUUGUUUACCAUUACGGUUUGUUUACUAUUAUGGUUUGUUUACAAUUACAGUUUGUUUACCAUUACAGUUUGUUUACAGCUCCAUUACAGUUUAUUUACCAUUACGUUUGUUGACUAUUACGGUUUGUUUACCAUUACGGUUUGUUUACCAUUAUGGCUUGUUUACCAUUAUGGUUUGUUUACCAUUAUGGCUUGUUUACCAUUACGGUUUGUUUACUAUUACGAUUUGUUUACCAUUACAAUGUGUUUACAAUUACGGUUUGUUUACCAUUAUUGUUUGUUUACCAUUACGGUUUGUUUACUAUUACGAUUUGUUUACCAUUAUGGCUUGUUUACCAAAUUAUGGUCUUGUUUAGCCAUUACGGCUUGUUGACGCAUUAUGGCUUGUUUACCAGUAUGGCUUGUUUACCAUUACUGAUUUGUUUACCAUUAUUGCUGUGUUUACCAUUAUGGUUUGUUUACCAUUAUGGCUUGUUUACCAUUAUGGUUUGUUUACCAUUAUGGCUUGUUUACCAUUACGGUUUGUUUACCAUUAUGGUUUUUUUUAUUUCUUGUUUUAAUUCGGUUUGUUUUCCAUUAGGCUUUUUACCCUUAUGGUUGUUACCAUUCGGUUUGUUUUCUAUUAGAUUUUGGUUUUCCAUUACAAGGUUUUACCAUUAUGGUUUUUUUACCAUUUUGGUUUUUUUAUUUUGGUUUGUUUACAAUUACAGUUUUUUUACCAUUACAGUUUUUUCCAUUAAAUUUGUUUCCUUAGUUUUUUUUUACCCAACGGUUUGUUUUCCCCCUUUUGGCUUUUUACCCUAUGGGGUUUUUUUACCAUUUCGGUUGUUUUACCAACGGUUGGGUUUCCAUUGUUUGGGUUUUAAAAAUUUUGGGUUGUUACCAUUACGGUUUGUUUUUCCAUUUUGGUUGUUUACCAUUAUGGCUUUUUACCUUACGGUUUUUUUCCAUUAUGGUUUUUUACCAUUAGGCUUUUUCCAUUAUGGGUUUGGGUUUUCCCUAUGGUUUUACCAUUUCGGUUGUUUAAAUAUUCGAUUUGUUUACCAUUUUUAAAAGUUUUACAAUUUUUCGGUUUGGGGUUUUCCAUUCGGUUUGUUUACUAUUUUGUUUUGUUUACAAUUACCGUUUUUUUACCAUUACGGUUUUUACUAUUUGAUUUUUACCAUUACAAAAUGUUUUCAAAAUUACGGUUUUUUUUACCUUAUUUUUGUUUUACCUUACGGUUUGUUUACCCCUUUCGGUUUGUUUACUUUAGGUUUUUUUUCAAUUACAGUUUGUUUUCCAUUACGUUUGUUUACCAUUACGGUUUUUUUACCAUUUUGGUUUUUGGACUAUUUUGGUUGUUUUUCAAUUACGGUUUUUUCUUUACGGGUUUUUUACCCUUACGGUUUUUUUUCCUUUGGCUUUUUUACCCUUUUGGUUUGUUUACCAUUACGGUUGUUUCCAUUACGGUUUGUUUACCCUUAUGGCUUGUUUACCCUAGGCUUGUUUUUCCAUUCGGUUUGUUAAUUACGUUUGUUUCCUUUUGGUUUUUACCAUACCCCGUUUUGUUUACCAUUACGUUUGUUUCCCUUCGGGUUUUCUUUACAUUUUUUUACCCUUACAAAGGUUUACAAUUACAGUUUUUUUUACCAUUAUGGUUUGUUUUCAAUUCAGUUUUUUACAAUUUUCAGGGUUUUUGGGUUUUCCAUUACAUUUGUUUACCCUUUCGGUUGUUUUUCCCUUUACGGUUUGCUUACUAUUACGGUUUGUUUACAAUUACAGUUUGGGUUUUCCCUUAAAAGUUUUUUGACUAUUUGGUUUUGUUACCCUUAGUUUGCUUACUUCACAAUUGUUUUCCAUUCCCCUUUUUUUUACAAUUAUGGUUUUUUACCAUUACAGUUUUUUACCAUUACGGGUUUUUUGAUAUUUCGGUUUUUUUUACAUUAUGGCUGGUUUUCCAUUUCGGUUUGUUACCUUAUGGUUUUUUCACCCUUUAGGGUUUGUUUACCAUUAUAGUUUGUUUACCAUUACCGUUUGUUUACCAUUACGGUUUGUUUACUAUUACGUUUUGUUUACAAUUACAGUUUGUUUACCAUUAUGGCGUGUUUACCAUUACAAUGUGUUUACAAUUACGGUUUGUUUACCAUUACGGUUUGUUUACCAUUACAGUUUGAUACAAUUACAGUUUGUUUACCAUUACAGUUUGUUUACCAUUACGGUUUGUUGACUAUUACGGUUUGUUUACCAUUAUGGCUUUUUUACUAUUACGGUUUGCUUACUAUUAUGAUUUGUUUACCAUUACAAUUUGUUUACAAUUAUGGUUUAUUUACCAUUACAAUUUGUUUACCAUUACGUUACGUUGUUGACUAUUACGAUUUGUUUACCAUUAUGAAGCUGACCUGGACUAUAACCUCUAACCAUGACCUGAUAUGAUCUCUCUCAAUGAGCCCGUCUCUGUAGUAGGACCCUAGCCUCUCUGUCUGUCUGUUUCUCCUAUAGCUGACUCAACAGGAACCCACUCCCUGUACACCACCUACAAGGACUAUGAACUGAUGUUCCAUGUGUCAACCCUGCCCCCCCCCCCCUCAACCCCCCCCAACAACAGAAACAGGGCAGUACCCCCCUUCACCCCAACAACAGACACAGCAGACCCCCCCCCCCCCACCCCCCCCCCCCCCCCCCUCACCCACAACAGAAACAGGCGACCCCCUUCACCCCAACAACAGAAAAGGUCAGUACCCCCCCCCCCCUUCACCCCCAAAACAGAAAAGGUCAGUACCCCCCUUCACCCCAAAAAGAAAAAGGGUCAGUCCCCCCCCCCAUUCACCCCAAAAAGAAAAAGGGUUUCAGUACCCCCCCUUCACCCAACAACAGACAACGGUCAGUGCCCCCCCCCCCCUUCACCCCAAAAAAGAAAAGGUAGUACCCCCCUUCCCCCAAAAAAAGAAAACCAGGUAGACCCCCCCCCCCCCCUUCACCCAAAACCCCGGGAAACAGGUCAGACCCCCCCCCCCUUCACCCCAAAACAGACAACGGUCAAACCCCCCCCCCCUUCACCCCCAAAACAGAAACCAGGUCAACCCCCCCUUCACCCCAAAAACAGAAAAGGUCAGUACCCCCUCACCCCCAAACAACAGAAAAACAGGUCAGUAACCCCCCCCCCCUUCACCCCAACACAGACCAAAGGUCGUACCCCCCCUUCACCCCAACAACAGACAACAGGUCAGUACCCCCCCCCUCACCCCCAACAACAGACAAAACAGGUCAGUAACCCCCCCACCCCCAACAAAACAACAGGCUUACCCCCUCACCCCAAAAAACAGACAAAGGUCAGUACCCCCUUUCACCCCAAAACAAAACAGGUCAAAAACCCCCCCCCUUCACCCCAACAAACAGACAAAGGUCAGUACCCCCCUUCCCCCCCAACAACAGACAACAGGUCAGUACCCCCCCCCCCCCCCCCUCCCCCCAAACAACAGAAAAACAGGCCCAGUACCCCCCCUUCACCCCCAACAACAGACAACAGGUCAGUACCCCCCCCCCCCUUCACCCCCAAACACAAAAACAGGUCAGUACCCCCCUCACCCCAACAACAGACACAGGUCAGUACCCCCCCCCCCCCCCCUUCACCCCCAACAAACAGACAACAGGUCAGUACCCCCCCCCCCCCUUCCCCCCCAAACAACAGACAACAGGUCAGUACCCCCCCCCCCCCCUCACCCCCAAAACAGACAACAGGUCAGUACCCCCCCCCCCCCCUUCCCCCCCAACAACGGGACAACAGGUCAGUACCCCCCCUUCACCCCAACAACAGACAACAGGUCAGUACCCCCCCCCCCCCCCUUCACCCCCAACAAACGGGACAACAGGUCAGUACCCACCCCCCCCCCUUCACCCCCCAACAAAAGACAACAGGUCAGUACCCCCCCCCCCCCCCUUCCCCCCAACAACAGACAACAGGUCAGUACCCCCCCCCCCCCUUCACCCCCAACAACAGCAACAGGUCAGUACCCCCCCCCCCCCUUCCCCCCCAACAACAGACAACAGGUCAGUACCCCCCCUUCACCCCCAACAACAGACAACAGGUCAGUACCCCCCCCCCCCCCCCCCCUUCACCCCCAACAACAGACAACAGGUCAGUACCCCCCCCCCCCCCUUCACCCCCACACAACAGACAACAGGUCAGUACCCCCCCUUCACCCCCAAACAACAGACAGCAGGUCAGUACCCCCCCUUCACCCCCAACACACAGACAGCAGGUCAGUACCCCCCCUUCACCCCCAACAACAGACAAACAGGUCAGUACCCCCCCCCCCCCCCCUUCACCCCCAACAACAGACAAACAGGUCAGUACCCCCCCUUCACCCCCAACACAGACAACAGGUCAGUAAACCCCCCCCCUCUAACAGACCAGAUACUGUGUGUCAGUAGCAGCAUACUGGUCCUGUGUUGCCCUUCUCUAAUUCCCAGAGCAAAUUCUUUCUUUAGAGGAGAUCUAUUCCAUCUUCUGACAAUCCUCACUAAGAGCCUCAUAGCAUGUCGGUAACGACCAUGAGUGUUAAAUCGGGAGUGUUGCCAUGACAACUCUGCCCCAGACAGAAGUUGUUUGUUAAUCAGUGUCCACUGGGUCCCAGACACCGUAAUGUAGUAUUAGACAGACGUCAAGCCUAUGGAAGGCCGUUCAGAUCUUUACAUGUUACAAUUAACAUGUCAAAAAACACAAUUUGAUGAGUCAAAUAACACAAUUAUUUUCUAAAAUGUUGUGUGAUGGCAAGACAAGGGCCACACUACGGUCGGUAGCACUGUCAAAAAACAGGUUUGUAAACAAGCACAACCCCGGUCCCUAUUGAUGUGUUGGGGGUAACGCGUUAUAAAGUAACGUGUUAGAGUAGUCAGAAUACUUUUUUGUGGUAACAAGUAACUUAACGCGUUCAUUUUUCAAUUUAAGUAAUCAGUUAAUUCGUUACUUUUUCCAAUAAGCAAAUCAUUACUUUUAAGGAUGAUUUCCCUUUUUUCAUUAUUAUUUUUUGCCCCCCAAAAAUGAAAAUCCCUUCACCUAAGUUCUCGCUCUUCCUGUUUCUUCAAGAACGUUGUGGCGGGAAGCUAGCUAAAUAGCAAGAUGGCAGAGACAACAGCCUUUACAUCGUGGAAGUUUUCACAUGAUUUAGAAUUGGUAGAAGAAAAGGAGACAAACAUCAUAAGAGAAUGCAAACUGUCACCAUCCCCUCUAACCACUGAGCCUCGGGGAUAAACGCCUGUCAACUGAGAAGAACUCAACUUCAAAUAUCAAGAAGCACCUACAAGCCAAGCACAGCUCCACAAGACUGGGGGAGAAAGACCCAUGCCAGCCAAUUGCUGUUGAUGCUGUAUGACGGUGCUUCUGCUACAAAACAGAAAAAGCUAGAUUUCUGUUAGGCUAAACCUGUCACCACGAGAUAACUAAAUUAACUUGUAGCUGGCUAUGCUGUGGAGGAGAUGCUUCUUUGGAGUCUCCAUCUUUCUGUAAGAUUAUAAAGAAAAUCCCUAUGACACGUAACAGGGAGGGGCCAGUGUCUCACAGAAAUACAUUUGCUAGCUACCUUGACAAAGCCUAUUCAGAGAUGGAGACAGAACUGCUACCUUGACAAAGCGAACCACCAGCGCCUCCAUCACCUGCCUGCGAGAAUGACUUUUGUGCAUUUCAGUUGGACAACACUCAAGACGACAGAGACAUGAUGACGGUGGACAAUGAGAUCACUGAGUAUCUGAAGUCAGCUACCAGAAUGGAUACAUUGAACAAAUUUCCCAGGGUCAAGUAG